ACUAUAUCAUCCUACGAGCGCGCGUGAGCGCGUAUACGCGAGUGCACCUCUUCCCAUACGCGCGCCCAAGUGGGAGCACCGCGGUCCUACCUGCUCCGACCGAACCGCAGACUGCAGUCUCCGAAACGCAGCAUCCGAGUACCGCAACGGUCCGCGUCCAGUAAACACGUAAAGUGCGAAGUGCGAACAUGCUGGAGUACGCUGACGAGCUCUCCCAUCGACUGGGCUUCACCGAUUCCAACAACAAUGCAGGGAAAAAAGGCGACAAGUACUCCCUACGACCGCGGUCCAUGAGGAGGAACAAAAACUUCGACGAUGAUUCCGAAGAGAUAUCGGCGACGAAGGUUACUACUAAAGCUCGCGGUAAAACCAAGCAGAAGGCACCACCCCUCAGCAAGUACAGAAGAAAAACCGCCAACGCCAGGGAAAGAAGCCGCAUGCGGGAGAUCAACCAAGCCUUUGAAACCCUCCGUAAAGUCGUGCCCCAAAUGCAGAUAACCCACCAGCAGCAAAACGAGAAGUUGACCAAGAUAACCACGUUGAGGCUCGCCAUGAAGUACAUCUCCACCCUAAGUGCCGCAUUAACAUCAUCUUCGUCUUCAGAAACCACCAGCCAGGACUUCUUCUCCGAUUGCAGCGAGCUGGACUGCUUCCUUCUGGAGUCUGACGGGGAGUCCCUGCCACUACACAGUGAUUUCAGUGACCAUUCCCUCACCCCGGCGGACUUCACGAUAGACUUCCCCGAGGACUCCCUAACUCCAGUGGACUUCUCCCCUCUAUCGCCCACCCUCUCGGAUCACCUGCACUUUGACCCCUUCCUGGGCGAUUUCAGCUAAAAUUAAGUUAAGUUAAGUUUUCAUCACGUCACCUAUUUAUACCUAUUUUAUAUAGUUUGUACAUAUAAAGCUUCAUUUUUGUAUAUAUAAAUAUAUUUUACCUUAAA